AUGCCGAUUGCUGUUAAGUUCGGCACCAUUCCACUUAAGAAUCGCACCUCGCGUGCCUCCCUUGUCAACAAAGACGCUGUAAGCGUUGAGUACGUUGAACCUACUGAAGUCUGUAUGGAGGCUUACCGUUCCAUUGACUCGGUACAUUUCCGACACAAUUAUAACGAGUUCAAGAAUUCCAGCUAUGUCGGUAUUCAAAGAUUGGAGCGCAGACGACGGGAGCUCCUUCAAACAAAGUACUUCUGCGUUAAUCAUCCAUCGCAUAUGCGUGAGGCGCGACUUCAGUGGAGUAAGCGGUAUGAGCAAGAGAUGGAAGAAGCCUGCAUUCGGAGAAGGGAGAAAAAGGACACGAACUGCUAUACUAUUCAAUUACCGGCACAAUGCUUUAAAAAGAUGGCGAACAAGGUGUCCGAGACGCCUGUACUUCCAGAGAAGAUCGAUUUGCCUCUGACACCGCGAUUAGUUAUCUCCAGAAGUUCACCGUCAACGCCCAGAGCAGUGAUUCAUGUAGAGAAGUCUGUCGAGAAGAUGUUCGUCAACGCAGACCGAGCAUUAAACCAGCUAUUCGCUGCCCCGCCCCCAAAAGUGUUCCAGCCAGGGGCGCUCUUGCGGAAGCGCACCGCUCUAAUUCCACCCAGAGAGCUCCUGCAGGAUUUGGAGUAA